UCGUCACCGUUCUUUUUGUUUUCGAGGUACAAAACGUGCUGCGCAUUUUGCGAGGUUUUUCUAACCUCCGCCAUGAGCCAGAAGACCCAGAAAACGGUGCAGUUCCACGAGCUGGAGCUGGACCAGCGCAUCCUCAAGGCGGUAGCCCAGCUGGGUUGGCAGCAGCCCACGCUCAUCCAAUCAACGGCAAUUCCGCUGCUUCUGGAGGGCAAGGAUGUAGUGGUUCGUGCCCGCACCGGAUCCGGCAAAACAGCCACCUACGCACUGCCCCUGAUCCAGAAGAUCCUCAACUCCAAGUUGAAUGCCAGCGAGCAGUGCGUGAGCGCUGUGGUCCUGGCGCCAACCAAGGAACUUUGCCGGCAAUCGCGGACUGUGAUCGAACAGCUGGUGGAGUCCUGUGGCAAAGUAGUGCGAGUGGCGGACAUUGCCGGCAGCUCCAGCGAUGCGGUGACCCAGCGGCAUGCCUUGGCCGAGAGGCCCGACAUCGUGGUGGCCACACCCGCCAAGUUGCUGGCCCACGCCGAGGCCGGCGGUGUGGUGGACCUGAAGCAUGUGGAAACGCUUGUGGUGGAUGAGGCCGAUCUGGUGUUUGCCUUCGGUUACGAGAAGGAUUUCAAGCGGCUGAUCAAGCACCUGCCUCCGAUUUACCAGGCUGUCUUGGUCUCCGCCACUCUGACCGACGAUGUGGUGCGCAUGAAGGGCCUGUGCCUGAACAACCCGGUGACGCUUAAGCUGGAGGAGCCGGAGCUCGUGCCACAGGAUCAAUUGACGCACCAGCGCAUCCUGGCUGAGGAGAACGACAAGCCGGCUAUAUUGUGUGCUUUGCUUAAGCUAAGGCUAAUUCGUGGCAAAAGCAUCAUAUUCGUGAACAGCAUAGAUCGGUGUUACAAAGUUCGCUUGUUCCUCGAACAAUUUGGCAUCCGUGCCUGCGUUCUAAACUCCGAACUGCCGGCCAACAUUCGCAUCCACACAAUCAGUCAGUUUAACAAGGGCACCUACGACAUCAUCAUUGCCUCCGACGAACAUCAUCUGGAGCAGCCGGGCGGCAAAUCCUCGGCCGGCCGGAAAUCGUCGCGCAGAGGCGAUAUGGAAUCGAGUGCCUCGCGCGGCAUUGAUUUCCAGUGCGUGAACAACGUGAUAAACUUUGACUUUCCCAGGGAUGUGACGUCGUAUAUCCAUCGGGCUGGCAGGACGGCCAGAGGGAACAACAAGGGCUCCGUUUUGUCCUUUGUGAGCAUGAAGGAGGCCAAGGUUAACGAUGCCGUGGAAAAGAAGCUGUGCGACAGUUUCGCCGCCCAAGAGGGCGAGCAGAUCAUCAAGAACUACCAGUUCAAGAUGGAGGAGGUGGAAUCCUUUCGUUAUCGUGCCCAGGAUUGCUGGCGAGCCGCCACGCGAGUCGCCGUUCACGAUACUCGCAUCCGGGAAAUAAAAAUGGAGAUCUUAAACUGCGAGAAGCUGAAGGGAUUCUUCGAGGAGAACAAACGCGAUCUGCAAGCUCUGCGCCACGACAAACCACUGCGCGCCAUCAAGGUGCAAAGUCACCUGUCCGACAUGCCCGAGUACAUUGUUCCCAAGGCCCUUAAGAGAGUGGUGGGCUCCACCGCGCCCCCAUCCUCCGCCGGAGCUUCGGCGGCCAAACAGCCACGUCAGUCCGCCGCCAAGGCUGCGUUCGAGCGACAGAGCAAUGAUCCCCUGAUGGUCAGCCAAGUAGACGUUGGCAAACGACGUUUUGCCCCACGGCGGAAAAAGAAGGCGCUGUAGCGGAGUAUAGUCUGUAAUCAUAGAACAAUUAAUUUUAAGGAAAACAAAAGUUCUUAUACUUCAUGUGAAUAAUGUUCAUUAUUUAUAAAGUUUAUUAAACGUAUGUAAAACA